GGUAACGCCUCUCUCACUAUCAGUCAAGGCCGAUUUGUGACUUGUUCUUGCAUCCAACUAUCAGGUAUAAAAGCUGGUAUUUUACGCAGCAAAAUCAGUAGCAUCUGCUCCUCCAUUGAAUUAGGACCACCGCCACCAUGCUGCGCGCCUGCAUCGUCCUCGCCUUGGCCGCCGGCGCCUUCGCUGGUCAUGUUGGCCACGUUGCCGGUGGCUACACCCUCGCCAGCAACCUCGGUUACGGCCUUGGCUACGGAAACCUGGGCUAUUCAGGUCUCGGCUAUGGCGGCCUUGGUCUCUCCCAUUACGGCCUUUCUCACGGUGUUGGCUACUCCGGCCUGACUGGCUACGGUGCCGGCUACGGAUACGGAUAUGCCCCAUCCGCCAGCUACGCCGUGGCUGCCCCAGCCGUUUCCCACACUGUCUCCACCUACCACGCUGCUCCAGCCGUGACCGCUGUCCAUGCUGCUCCAGCCGUCACUGCAGUCCACGCCGCCCCAGCUGUUGCCACCUACGCCGCUGCCCCAGCUGUCACCAGGGUGGUCCAGUCCGCUCCAGUUUUCGCUAGCUACGCUGCUGCUCCAGCAGUGACCGCUGUCCAUGCUGCUCCAGCUGUCCAUACCGUCCACGCUGCCCCAGCCGUGACCGCCGUUCACGCUACUCCAGCCUUCGCUGCCGUCCACGCUGCCCCUGCUGUUGCCACCGUCACCCACGCUGCUCCAGCUGUCGCCACCUACGGUGUUGCUCACGCUGCCCCAGCUGUCGCCACUUAUGGUGUUGCUCACGCUGCCCCAGCCUACUACGGGUACGGUGUUGGCUCCCUCGGCUACGGUGCCGGCAGCUACGGUUAUGGCCACGGUCUCCUCGGCUAUGGCCUGAACUACGGCUACGGUCUUGGUUCUCCUCUGAGCUACGGAAACCUCCUCCGCAAGAAGAAGUAAAUAUAUGCGUUCCUGACCCUCCGAUUGGACGCAAUUCGCAAAGGAAUGAAACAGAUUCUUUGGAGGCUUCAAUCAAGCGGAUUGAUCGUCACUGCAUAAUAAACUGUUCUUUCGAAAAUGUCCACUUAUUUAAAAGCGUCCCAUG